AUGUGCGACGAGAAGAGCCCUGCGUUCUUCAGACCUUGGAAGGUUGUUGAGUCUGUGGAGUCUGUCGAUGCCGGGAGAACCGAUUCGUCGCGAAUAAAACAAGAAACGGACAACGAUCGUUUCGCGAGGAUCUACGAAGAGGCCAGCACGUGUUCCUCGGAAAACGAUGUCGCCAUUGAGAGUAUCCAAUCGAGACGGAGCAGCGAGUCCUCAUCCGUGGGAGCUACCAGCAGGUCCUGUUCCUCCACCGGGGAGGAUCUAGCCGCUAGGAACAACCUGGACAUGCUCAGCAACUUCGUCCAUGGCUCUCCGACGAAUACGAGCUUCUCGGUGACGUCCAUCAUCCGCGAGGAUCCGUCGACGACUCCCGUCGGUUGUCCACUCCCGAUACCGACUUAUCCGAUGGAUUAUCUUCAAAGGAUGGCGAUCCACGCGAACGCAUUCGCUCCUUUGGGCGGCGGUUCCAUGCUGAUGACCGUCGAACCAUCCGCGAUCCAGGCUACGACGAUCUCGACCACUGGAAGGCCGUUUUAUUACGAUCUUCCUGGCGUGUCCCAGCUUCCGCAAUAUCCAUCGUACGCGCCCUCGAUGGAACAGGCAGUCGAGCUGAUCCAUAGACAAGACGCAGCCGCCAAGCAAAUGAAGAAACUUCGCCCGAAGAAGUUCAGAUGCGAGCACUGCGACGUCGCCUUCAGCAACAACGGCCAGCUCAAAGGACACAUUCGCAUUCACACAGGGGAGAGGCCUUUCAAGUGCGACGCGGAAGGAUGCGGGAAGUCGUUCACCAGGAACGAGGAGCUGACGAGACACAAGAGGAUCCACACUGGCUUACGACCGCACGCUUGCAUCGUUUGCGGGAAAUGCUUCGGAAGGAAGGAUCAUCUGAAGAAGCACACCAGGACACACGAGAACAGAGACCCGUAUCGCAUGUCCGCGGCGGCAUUAGGCGUGUUCGCGUUGGGACACGCGUUACCUGGACCACCCCCGUUCCCCCCAUACAUGUACCCGAUCUGA